GGCAGGCAGCUCCUCUUCCGUGUAGCAUGCAGCUAACCUACAUUCCUGCUGACAGCAGAGAUUCAGGCUGAUAGGUGUGUGUGAGUGAGUGUGUGUGUCAGCUGACAGUUCUGUGUCUGUGAUGCUAGCAUGUUAACCUCGGAGUUGGCCGCCUGGCGCCGCGUAUCUUUGACUUCUAUCCAAGUCUCCGUGUUUACUUCUUUUUUUAGUUUAUCCUCUUCGCGUAUUUUUUAUCGUGCGACUCGGGCAUUCGUCAUGUGACUCACUCGGCGUGGUUUCAAAUGAAACGAAGUGCUGAAGUGUGUGUGUGUUUUUUUAGCAUUAGCAGGCUAGCAGCUCGGGGGUAAAUCUUCUUAGCAACGGCAGCUCGCGGCAGUUCAUCUCCAUGCGGAGUGUUUCUGCUUCAUCUGGGAGUUAUGUGAAUGUGGAGUCGUCAGGGCAGCUUGGGCGAACAUAAAUGUUUUUUCAAUGGCCAAAACCGAGCAGCGAAAUGGACUGGGCGUGCGGGACGGCACGGACAAGCUGACAGAUAAUGGGAAAGGCAGCGAAUCCGACCCAGAGGUGAACGGCAGUGCCGUGACUGCGGAGAACCAGGUGGAUAAGUAUGGAUUCACAGGAGGAGCCCAGCAGACCUCCGGAGCGGGAGCUGAGGAGGUCCCUAUUGAUGUGCUGAGACAGCGGGAGGCGAAAUGGCUGGAAAUGCUCAACCACUGGGACAAGUGGAUGGCAAAAAAGCACAAGAAGGUGAAAGAUCGCUGUCAGAAGGGGAUCCCUCCAUCCCUGCGCGGCCGGGCCUGGCUCUACCUCACCGGGGGCAAAGUGAAAAGGGAGCAAAAUCAGGGAAAAUUCCAGGAACUGGAUGAGCAGCCAGGAGAUCCCAAAUGGGUGGACAUCAUUGAGAGGGACCUUCACCGGCAGUUCCCCUUCCAUGAAAUGUUUGCAGCAAGAGGAGGUCAUGGGCAGCAGGACCUGUUCCGCGUGCUGAAGGCUUACACUCUGCACCGGCCUGAGGAGGGAUAUUGUCAAGCUCAGGCUCCGGUUGCUGCCGUUCUCCUGAUGCAUAUGCCUGCAGAGGAUGCUUUUUGGGCUCUUGUCCAGAUUUGUGAAAAAUACCUUCCUGGGUACUACAGCACAGGACUGGAGGCGAUCCAGCUCGAUGGACAGAUCCUCCACGCUCUGCUGCGGCGCGUGUCCCUCCCGGCCUACCGUCAUUUAAACAAGCACAAGCUGGACCCCAUCAUGUACAUGACGGAGUGGUUCAUGUGCGCCUUCUCCCGGUCGCUGCCGUGGGCCUCGGUGCUCCGGAUCUGGGACAUGUUCCUCUGUGAGGGAGUGAAGAUCAUCUUCCGAGUGGGCCUGGUGCUCCUGAAGUGCAUGCUGGGAUCUCAGGAGAAGCUGAAGGCCUGUCAGGGUACUUACGAGACGAUGGAGCGGCUCCGGGCGAUCCCGCCGCAGUACGUGCAGGAGGCCUUCCUGGUGCGCGAGGUUAUCGAGUUACCGGUGAACGAGAAAGAGAUAGAGAAGGAACACUACGCUCAGCUGCGCCGCUGGAAGGAGACGCACGGAGACCUGCAGUGCAAGUCUCCUCCCAGGAUGCACGGCGCCAAGGCCAUCAUCGCCGCCGACCCGCCGCGACGGCAGGACCUGAGACAGAAACCCACCAUCAUCGUGGCCUCCCCGCUCGCACGCGACGGCGUGAACGGCAGGGAGGGCGAGGGCGGCGGCGGCGGCGGGAGGGCAGGCGUCCCAGCUCCGGCUGAUCCCGACGGUUCGGCCGACGGCACGGCGCUCCUCAGACACAUAGCGGAGUCCGAAGAGAGUCUGAGCAACGGAGAAGAGGACACCUACCUGUAGCCGUGCAGAGUUUACACACACACACACACACGUCAUUCCAUACAGCUCAUCACACUUUGCCUCAACAUAAACCUUUAUCAUGGCUUCACACGUCUGCAGCAUCAGAGUUUUAGUAUUUUUAUACACUGCAGAAGUAUAAAGCCUCUUGGGAGACGCAUUAAGGGACAAGACGAUAUAGGAACGCAGGUUUUCAGGAGAACGUUUGAAUGUCUGGGCUGAAGACAAAAAUUCAAGCCUAAAUGUAGAAAAUAGCCUUUAACUUUGCAAGAUUUUUUUUCUUUAUUUUAAAGGUAAAGAAAUCGUCCAACCCUUUUAAAUCCACUGUCAUUAAAAAAAAAAAAAAGUGGAACCUCAAAUUAUUGGUUAAAAAAAAAAAAAUGUAGUUUUAAAGUCUUUCCCUUCAGGCAGAAGCCUUCACUUCGCUUUCACUCAACAUGUUUUUAGUGUCAAGCAGCGACGGAUGCUGCUACAUCCUCCACCUUAUCCACUAAAAAGCACAGCCUUUUAUCAUGGCUACACAGUCUAUUUUUUUAAAUCUUAAUGGAACUCAGAUUCUAGCAGCAGCAGAGGAGGGCGACUCGCGUGAGCAAAGCCAGAGAAAAUGAAAGCAGUGCUCUUCUGUCCUGCUUCGUUUGGAAUGAAGUGGGAUUUUGUUCGAAAUCGAAGAGAUCUCUCCCGGAGCACUUUGCCUUUGUUUUUAAAGUCUUCCUCUUUUUGCCGGUGCCAGUCAGAGCCUUGCCAGCGCAGAGAUUUGUAGUUUUGCUGCUUCGCUGCUCUCUUGUCAUCCGCAGACUCCAGUCUUGGCUUGUUCGCUGCCUGAACACUAGGGGGCGUCCUGAGCUCAUCCGAGAUGAUCUCAUAGCAACAAGCAGCAUGAACUGAGCUCACAUGAAGGAAAAAAAAACACAUGUGCAGGGAUGUUUUGUGCCACGAAGCCAAAGAUUUGUAUUGCAUAUAUAUAUAAAACUAUAUAUAUAAUCUAAGUUAAGUCUGCCGAGUUUGUCUUACAGUGUUUGACUUUGUUCAGUAUGAGAAUUCAGAGAGUUUCUAUUUAUGUUCAUGUGAUGAAGAAUGUUGAGAUGAAGGUUUGUGGAUGUUCUGAUUUAAAAUACUAAAUGAAGCAGUGAAAGAAGAAUUUUUUUGUCAAAUUUCUGGCAGAAGUAAAACAUCUACUUUCAUCAAAGUAAGUGAAGCUGGAGUCGGUGACGAUACAAAUACAAUCUACAUUUUUACCGUGAUUUAAGAGAAAUGUAUGUAUGGAUGAAGCCAUAGGCCUUGGACCAAACUUUAAGUGUGGACACUAAUUUAAUUACAUUUGCUGCAAAUUACAAAUCAUAUGAAGCAAAUUCAACUGCCUAGGAAAAUAAAAGCUGUAUAGUAAAAGUCUAAAUGUGACUGUUCAUCACAUUGCUGAAGCCAUUGUGGGUAUAAAACUGGAGAUGUUUGUUGUUUAAGGUGCAGGUUUCAUUCUGUAUAAUUUGGGAGCCCUGUUUACUUGCCGUUUGUCCUCCGAAGCUUUAAAUGUUUAGAUUUAUAGACUAUAAUGUGUCUUUUGGAAGCAGGCCUCCAGCAGUUCAUCAGCUGGAGCCGUGUUCAGCUUUCUGCUGAGUGUCGGUGAAUGCCGCCCGGGUGUCUGGCUGAUGAAGGAAGCGGUCAUUCAGAACGAUUUGGAGUCGUGCAGGUUCUGCUUAUUUGUUCGUGCAUUUAAAAGAAAAAGGAAAAACAAAAACAGUGCUUGAGUGUUCAGCUGAAUCAUCAGUGGUUUUCAAAGUGUGGGUCUGAAUUUUGAAAAGAAAUGAAAAAUAAAUAUAUUAAUUAUUAUUUGAAGAACCACAUGCUUCAAAUUAAAUGUAUGUGUAAUAAAUAAAAUGUUAAAGUCAGUGUAACAGCCACUAUAGUCACUGACUAUAUGGAGAGACUGACUAGAAACAUUCAUUUGGAAGUAUCUAACACAAGAAGACUGAUACUUUAUUGACAAUCAUAUUUUAUAAAAUUCUGUUUGGGCUUAGUGUGGCUGAAUCGCUGAGGCAUCAUCCUCCCACACCUUGAAAACGUCUGAUGCCAACCCUGGAUGCUGCCUAUUUCUACAAAUACAGCUGUUUUAAAAGGAUUCAGUCCGGGGCUUGUAAAAUGUGCAACUCGCUUUGUGGAUAUGCUCGAUUUUAUUUUCUUAUUUCAUCUCAGAUCAUCUCCUUAUAUCUAAAUGGUGUCUUUUUAUUAACAAAUUGCUUUAGAAUCAAUAAAACUUGAAACUGUU